AUGCAGCUGCUUGGACUCUACUCUCUUUUCUCGGCUCUGGAGUGCGUGCAUGCGCGCCUCAGUGCGCUGACGCCGACGGCCUGCGAUAUCAUCACGUCGGGCGACAAAUUUACGCUCUUCUCGUCCCGCUACGGGUACUGGAACUUUGAUUCGUCGAUUGGCGUUGCCGACAAGAAGUCUCCGACGGUUCUGAACGCUAAGCUGCAGCCCGACGGCACGUCGUUCUGGCUCAAAAUCGACACGACGCACUACUUGGCACCCAACCCGGACGCGACCGCGUACUUCUUCCGCACGGUGACGGCCGUCGCGGACGAAGCAGCGACCAACUCGGCGUUUGGCGCUGGCCUCGUCCUCAGCAUUCGUCGCUGGAGCUGCCUGCCGAUGGGCCCGAACGCGAUUGCACUUAUCGACUCCAACGGCUACUCGCCCAAGCCGACACCGUACCACAGUGAGAGCGACAGCCCGUGGCCGUACCUCAUUAGCGCCUCGGUCGAUGUCCUUUUCGGGCCGUCCCCCGAGCAAACGUGGAUCGUCGAUCGAGUCUAG